AGAAAUCAUAGCGUUUGGUUAAGGAAGUAAAAUUAGUAAAAAAAUACUCAAAUUACGUAUCACAUAGAAAAUUUUUGCUAUUUGGUGAAUAAUAGCUAGGAAAUUCUUGCCAUUGUGGUUGGCUUAUAUAAAUAGUUGUAAUGUAGUAACUGCUGAAUUUUCUAAGCUAGAGAGCAAGUAAUAGAGAAAUGGCUAUUUUUGGAAAAGCAGCUGUAUUGUUCAGCUCAGUUUUGAUAUUGUACUUUAAGAAAUCUCAUCAAAAUUUGGAAUUUUAUCCAUACGGCAAUGGUACUACAGAUCAGGUAGUCCCAAGCAAUGAUGAUGACAGUUCUGGGCAGGUCUCCCUUUCGAUACCCAUAAAGUUCUUUGAUGACAUUUUCAACACUGUAUUUGUCAAUACUAAUGGCGCCAUUUCGUUUACUGUAGAAGUUAGCCAAUACACACCGGAUGCCUUUCCUCUUGCAGAUGGUCGCCAGCUAAUUGCUCCUUUCUGGGCCGAUGUGGACACUAGAAAGGGAGGAACUGUCUUCUAUCGCGAGACGACGGAUGUGAACAUUCUCAAUCUGGUCAAUAGUGACAUCAGACAGGCUUUUAUCAAGUUCCAAUCAUACAAGGCAAUCUGGGCUUUUGUGGCCACCUGGCACAAAGUUGCAUAUUUUGGCAGAGCUCUCGAAAAAUCUCACAUUCACAACACAUUCCAGGCAGUGCUCACAACAGAUGGACACAGGUCAUUUACCAUCUUUAAUUACGGGAACAUCAGCUGGACAACAGGAACAUCCAGUGAUGGUGACAAAAAUGGCCUUGGUGGCACGCAGGCACAGGCAGGCUUCAAUGCAGGGGAUGGGCGACGAUAUUUCAACCUACCCCACUCAAGGACUCACAACAUUAUCGAUGUUGAGUCCACCUCCAAUGUUGGAAUUCCUGGGAAGUGGAUCUUUCGUAUUGAUCUCUCGUCAAUUCAAGCAGGAGGCUGCAAUGAGGCAGGUCAACUGACACUGUCCCCAUUUUUUGGACACCCGCUAGGAGGAACUCUAGUGACUCUGUCUGGCCCCUGCUUUAACAGUUCCUCUCAAAUUGUGUGCCGAUUUGGUGGACAUAAAGUCAAUGGAACUGCAGUUGACAAUGUAAGGGCCACCUGUAUUACUCCAUGGCAGUUGGCCUACAGUGGCCAAUCACGCAUCUUAGCGGAGGUUAGCUCUGAUGGUGGAAUUACAUACACUCACAAAACAUUCUUCACACUGAUACAGUUGUCAUCUGACACAGUUGAACGUAUCAGAGCAGAUGAAUGGAGCAAACUAAAUUCACCUAUGAUCCUCCGCUGGGAUGCCAAUAAACUGAAUUCCUCUUUCAUUCAUGUUGAGUGUGUGCUAGGACUGGAGCCCAAAAUUGAUUCCUCUCAGGACCCUCAAGUUGUAUUCCUACAAAUAAUGCAAAACAUCACCAAUACUGGAGAAGUUUGGCUCCCCAAUGCUUUGCAUAUAACAACAUGGUUAGAAGCUGGAGCAAUCAGGUUACGGCCAUCAGAGUCCUCUGUCAGCAACCCUGUGUCCCUGUGGUCUGAUAUCCACACCCCUGACUGGCUAUUGAAAGCAAUGUUCAAGAAUCUCCUAGCAAAACCACAAUCCCACAUACAACGCCGAGAGGUUGGAGAUUCAGGACUGUUAAAAUCUUUUGUUCGUGGAGCCUUAACAGCUAUUGAAAGCAUAAAUGCUGGGAUAAAAUCAGCUAUCAAUGCAUACAAUGAACUUAAGGCAUCACGUGAUAGUGCAAGGUGCCGUCAAUGGUAUGAAAAAAAUUCACCACCACCAGCGACAUUACAAGAGCUCAUCUCUUGCCCAUGUACCUUUGAUUACAACAUUGAAUUUGAAAAUGACCGCCGAUUCAAUGACGAUUUAGCAUGUAACCGUGGGAGUGGCUGUCGUUAUCAUGUUGGGGCUCAUCACUGUAUAAGAUCCAUUAGUCCCAGUCAGUCGGGCCACAGACAACAAUGCUGCUAUGACCAAGCAGGCAACAUCCUACCAUUUGAAAACGGAGGAGGAACAGUGGAUUUGGGUUCUAAUUUAUUAUCUCACUAUUUUAAAGAUGUACGCCCCUACAACUUCUGUUGUAAGUCUGGAAAUAAGGACUUGUGUUCAUUGUACAGUGAACUCAGGCCCACAGAUGACUGCUCUGGAUACCAACCUGAGCGUCCCACUAAUACAUUCGGAGAUCCUCAUUUCAUCACCAUAGAUGGUUUCAAGUAUACAUUUAAUGGACUUGGUGAAUUUUACUUGAUAACUUAUGAGGAAAGUAACAAUUUGCUGAUGGUUCAAGGUCGCACAAAAGUUUUUAACAGCCCAAACAACAUUACUUUAACAGCAACGUCUUGGGAGGCUUUCGUGACUGCUGUUGAUGUCAGUGACACAGUUGAAGUGAGCAUAUCGCCUGUGAGAGGAAUGGUCCUAGUUAUCCAUGGUGAAGAUGUGACUGAAACCUUCCAGGAUUUGUCGUACCAAGAGUACAAUGGUGUGACAAUUGAGGCUAACUUUAGCAUUCCUCAAAUUAAAGUAAAGUACCCUGGAGGCCCUUCAUUCAAAUAUGAAGCUGUGGGAAAUAACCUAAUGGUUAGCAUCCAAAUGCCAAAGCUGUAUCAAGGUAAGCUGAAAGGCCUUCUGGGUAAUUUCAAUGGUAACAAAUCAGAUGACCUAAUAUCAUCACUUGGUGAUCAUGUGGCUCCCGACUCUGAUUUGAAAACAAUACACAACUCUUUUGGUCUAUCCUGGAUGGUGCCUGAAGGCAAAAGCUUAUUUUUGCGUGAGAAUAACUCAAUGCCAGCAAACAAUGCUAACUUUGUCCCUUCAUUUGACAUAGCUCAUGACAGCGUGAAUUCCUCCAUUUCAGAGACAUUGUGCAAUGGAGAUAGUGCCUGUAUCUUUGAUUAUAUUGUUACUGGUAAUGAAGAUCUAGCUAAAAGUUCUGCUAAAGCUAGCCUCAUAUACAAGAAAUUGGCAUCUCUGGAGGAAAAUCCUAUACGCACUUGUGGCUUCCUUAAAACACCUGCAAAUGGUAGUCUAACAUUGACAAAUGGUUACCGUGUUGGUUCUACAGUCACCUUCACCUGUCAACCAGGCUUUGAACUGACAGGUUCCACUUCACUAAAAUGCCAAGCCUCAUCUCUGAAGUGGAAUGGUGUUGAACCAGAGUGUACAGUUGUUAACAAGCCUUCCAGGGCAGACCAUCCAAGUUUAGCCCUGCACAUGGCUCUUCUUGUAAUUCUGAUUGCCAGUUCUUUAUUUCUGUGUAGCUAACCCUGUGACAUUGUAUAUGAGCAAAUGCAGGAUUUUUUCCAUCUUUUUUAAAUAAAUAGUUAAGGAAACAUGC